AUGUCGUUGUUUGCGAAGAAAGACUCGAUUCAAAUCCGUGAGGUGUGUACGGACAAUCUAGAAUCAGAGAUGUGUCUGAUUCGAGAAGCCGUGGAUGAUUUCCCGUUCGUCGGAAUGGUGUGUAGACCACCAGCCGACGACGAUUUUCCAGGAAUCGUGUUAGGAACUUUCGAAACCCUAACCGAGUACAACUACGAAACCCUAAAAACGAACGUCAACAAUGUCGAAAUGCUUCAGCUCGGACUCACUCUCUCCGACGAGAAUGGAAACCUCCCAACUUGUGGGACUGACAAAUACUGUAUCUGGCAGUUCAAUAUCCGCGACGUCGCUGAAAACAACUGUUGUUCGAACAAGAAGUAA